UACCUACCUUUUCUGACGACGGCUUUAUUAUAUAUGAAAGUUCGGCUAUAUGCUACUACCUGCUCAGAAAGCACGCCCCAAGUUCCGACCUCUACCCAGACUGUCCCAGGACUCGCGCUCGUGUCGACCAGGCUCUAGCCACGAUUACCAGCACCAUACAGCCUCACUACUUCAAGUUCUUUAGACCCCGCUUCUACGAGUUGACGAAGCCUACACCAGAGGAUGUGGAGCAGUUUGAGGAGAACGUGAUCAAGGGAUUCGAGCACGUGUUGAGAGAAGGAAACUACGUCCUGGGUGACAAGCUCAGCCUUGCUGACCUCAGCUUGGUGGCUCACCUUACACUUGUCUUCGAGGUUCCUUUCCUGAAUGGCGAUAAGUAUCCAAAACUGAAGGCAUUACUACAACCGCCUGAAGGCAGAAUUGCCGUACUUCGAAGAGGUGAACCGGCCAGGAAUCACCGGCUUGAGUACGCUUACCGCCGAUCUGAAAUAGAUGCCGGGGACAGAAAUAUUGGUGCAUUUUUUUUGAAUAAAAACAUUCUCUCUACUUUCAAAAUCAAUUUUUACUUUCUUUCAAGGAUAAGGGGGACUUUUUUCUAUUUGUUGCCAUUUCUGGGCGGCUGUGUUGUUGUAACUGAACAGGCAGUAGGCGAAAAAAAUAUUUCUUGACGAUAGCUUGUUCUC